GGAAAAACCAAAACAAACGAAAAGCGCCCUUCGUACAGAUCGCAGCAGCAGUUUAGUCACUUGAAGUCGUCGCUGAAUUGUGAGCUGGAGAAACGCAUCUCCUGACCAUUCCAAAAGAACAUAAGGAACGAUGGAUGAAGAUCCAGCAGGUGGCACUAGGAUCAUACAGAAGUUUAAGCCUCAGCUCAUAGAUGCUCUGUGUGGAGAUGCAGACUUUGUGCUCCAGCAUUGCCAUUCGCUCCGCUUACUGUCCAAGAGAGAGUAUGAGCACGUCAAAGCCACUGCUGUCCCGUCUGAGAAAGUGCGGGACAUCCUGGAUUUUGUGAUGACAAAAAACAGCAAAUGUGUUCAGAGCUUCCUGGAUCUCUUAAAGAAGAAUGAAAUGCAAGAGACGUUUCAAAAACUGGGCUUCCUCAAAAAGCUGCCUCAGAGCAAACCACAGACUGCAGAGAAGAAGAAGACAAAAAGAAAAGGAAAUCUGCCAGCAGAAGAAGUGCCACUAAAGCAGCCACGCAAAACCAGCAGUGGAAUGGUGACGGAGAAGCAGCUGAUGCUGGUGGCUCGCCACAUCGGCAGCAGUUGGAAGGAGGUGGGCAGGGCGGUCCUAGAGAUCUCCACCACCAGACUGGAGCAGAUUAUGGAGGAAAACCCCCGCAACCUCAGAGAAUGUGUGUUCACCAUGCUGCGAGACUGGACCAUGCGUGAGAGGGAGAAGGCCACAGCGGACCGCCUUCACUCCCUUCUCACUCAGGAAGAGAACGCAGUGGUCCCUGGGAGCAUAGACUUCCUGCUGGAAGGCAACUGAGCUGCCAUGCCACUCCCAGAUCAGCUAGAUCAGGAUAGGAGGAAAGUAAGGGUGCUGCAUGGGUUAGUGUUCUGGGUUGUAAAUCUUUAGAAAACGAUUCAGUGCCUUCAGUGAACUCUCAGAUUUCAGCACUGUUCGGUUUGUCUGUGAUUCCUUAGAAACGAUUCAGUGCAUCAUAAACUUAGGCUACAUUCACAUUACAAGCUUCAUUGCUCAAAUCCGAUCUCUCUGACACAAUGGUUUACACUCGUUUAGGUAAGUGAUUUAAAUCUGUCGUUAAUGUGAACGGAGGGGGCAGUCAUGGGCUGGAGAAACCAGCCUUGUGACCAGAAGGUCGCCGGUUCGGUCCCCUGUGCCGACAGUAUGUGACUGA